AACUUUCAGUUGAUCGACGGACUCGACAUGAAGCUGGUGCUGUGGCUCGCCCUCUGCAGCAUUGCCGGGGGAGGAGUACGUAACUAUGCGAGGAAUGACAACUGUUUGAAGCGCAACAGGUACAGGCAUGAAAGUACCUGCCAUUCGCCGCGCCGUGUCUUUUAUGCCUUCCACCGCAUCAUCGAGAAUUGCGUCCAGGUCACUACCAACUGCCCGAGGAUUCACAGGCACAACGAAUACAACAACCUUACGAAGUGCCGUGAAGACUGCUGGUUCUUCAUGGAUCAUAGGCCUACUACCAAGCCACCUAGAAAGAUUAAGAUAAACGACAAGAAAAAGGUAGGAGGUACUGCUAACAAAACUGAAAACAAAGGUAUGGAUAUGGGGAAAGAAGAAAAGGAAGACGACGACGACGACGACGACGACGUCGACGAUGAUGAUAGAUGAUAGUACGAGGACAAAAAGAAAAAUAACGAUAAAAAGGAUAAUAAGGACGAAAAAGACAAUAGUGAUAAAAAGGGUAAUAUGGAAAAUAAGGAUAGCAAAGGCAAUAAAGGUCGAAAGGGAGGAGGAAAAAAGGAGGGAGAGAGAGAGAAGUACGAUUUGAGUUCCUAUAUAAAAGUGCUACCAGUUAAUCAACAUGUUAACAAAUUUUAACCUUUAGCUUUAUGUAUUUUAUUUUACUAGCACCUUUUAUUAUCUUAUCACGGCCACGAGAUGGUUAGCGGGAUCAUAUGUACUACUUAUAUUUUCAAUAAAUAACAAAUAUUCUUGUUUAUAAACGCAAAA